AUGACUUUGAGUUUCGUACUGGAGGAGUACAAGACGCAUUGUGUGGCUCUGGUGCUGUGCCUGAAUGUAGGUGUGGACCCCCCAGACGUUGUGAAGACACAGCCCUGUGCACGCCUCGAGUGUUGGAUUGACCCCAACUCCUUGUCGCCGAGCAAGGCGCUGGAGUCGAUCGGGCACGCUCUGCAAGCGCAGUACGAGCGCUGGCAGCCGCGCGCUCGCUACAAGCAGUCGCUUGACCCUACUAGCGACGAGGUGAAGAAGCUGUGCUGCUCGCUGCGGCGCAAUGCGAAGGACGAGCGCGUGCUGUUCCACUACAACGGGCACGGCGUGCCUAAGCCCACGGCGCAGGGUGAAAUCUGGGUGUUCAACCGCGCGUACACGCAAUACAUCCCCCUGUCGAUGUACGACCUGCAGACGUGGAUGGGCGCGCCCUCUCUGUAUGUGUACGACUGCUCCAACGCUGGCGUGAUCAUCGACAAUUUCAAACAGUUCGCGGAGCAGCACGAGCGGGACUACGAGGUAUGAACAAUAAAUACAGUAGAAGUGGUUAGUUAGCGUCACACACGUGCCAACAGUAGGCCUAAAGAGACCUACUAGAACUCAGUAUGCCAUUUUCAUUUUAUACGGUAUGGUUGUGUCAAUUCUUUCGCGCAAUUCUCUAAGAAAAAUGCCUUACUGAGCUGUUUUGGA